UUCUCUACCCACCGUCGGACAACUGUCCGACGCUAAAGCGUGGCGACACUCACUCCACAGCCAGCACGCUUGUUCUACAAAUGGAGCAUGAAAGAGAACAAGGCAAUCUUAGCCGGUGUCUUAGGCUGGCCCAAGAGAGAGAGGAGCUGGAGCGAGAGUUGCGAAAGUACACUCUGGAUCGGAACUUUGAAGUCAAGAGAGGUGGGUCACUCCGAGUGGAGUGCAAGAGAGGAAUUGCAGAGAAUGAUGAAACAGCCUGGAAAAGCAGAGGACCAGGAUCCUUGCAUGUUACACAACUGUCCAACAGAGAGCAGUGUCUAUCCAGUAACACUAUUAUUCCAAGAGUAAGAGCUUCCUCUUGUAUUCCGUGGGAGGCUGGAUAUAUAAUGUCUCCCAGUAAUCUGGUAAAAGCACAGAAUUGCCAUGAAAGUACUUUUGAGUGCCUGAACAACUCUCAUUUAAACCAAAUGUCAAACCACAGAAGGUCUAAAAGUCUAGAGCGAGGGGAGCCCCAAAGAUCACGUGUUAAAGAUCAGCGGCGAAGACGAACCAUGACUGAAGGUGCCCCUGUCAAUUCUGAUAAUAAACCUUUAGACUCAACACUGGAAAGAUCUCAUUAUAGUGUGGAGGGCAGCCUGAAGAAUCCUGUAGCCUACAGUCGCAGUCAACAGCAUGUUUUCCCAAGAAUGAGUCACUUGGGAGAUACACAGCAAGGAGGAAAUGUGGAGAAAAGCAGAGGACGGGCUGGCUGUGCAACUGAUUAUGUGGAGAUGUGUGUGGAUGAGCCAGAGAUACAGGCUCAUACUCGCUUAACGAGGUCCAUGCCAAGGUCCAUGGAUUCUCACAGACCCAGUUUAUAUCAGCUGCAGAUGGAGACAGAAAGACAAUCAGGGUACAAAACCAUUCAGAGAGGCUUGAGAAGAGACUCCGAGAGGAUGAGUAGUGGGUCAAGUAGAACCCUUCCCUCAAAACAUCGACAAAGACCGGCUUCCCAGAAUGGUCUUAGUGGGGAAUCCCAAGAUAUAAAUCACCACAAAAGUGCCCCUAGUUUGGAUGAUAAAAAGUACAGUGAGCAAUUCCUGCCCCCUGACGCCUGGAUUGACUCCCUAAGCAUGGCGCGAAAUUCCUCCCUGUCUCCUUGUCCAAGUGGAGAGGAGAACCAGGUGACCCAGAGUCAAGAAACUGAACCGUGUGCACCUUCAGAAAAUCAGCUUCGAGACUCCUAUCGUCAGCAGGCCUCUAAUGGUGCCUCUACUGCAGAUCAAGACUGCCAGCGCCACAGUCCGCCUUCCGUGCCUCUAGAGGGUUCCCACUGGCCUCCGAUGCACUGCUAUUCCCCAGAACCCGAGGGAAGUUGCCGGAGCUAUGCCAGCCAUAGCAGUGGCAGAGGAAGUAUGGAUCAGCCGAGCAGCAGGCAGUCUCUGUCUUUUAGCCCACCUCUAAACAGCUCCCUAGAGAUCCCCGAGGAGAGCGAUAGAGACGAGGCUGGCCAGCGCUCGCUACAUAAAUGCUCCAGGAGAGAUUCCGUCGAUGAGAACUACGAGUGGGACUCUCACUACGACUCCGUGAACUCUAAUGACCUCAAAACUUCAAUGAGCACAGUAUGCCUGCAGGGGGAGAUCCUGAGCAAGGGAAGACGGAGGAGUGCGGCGAACGACAGCAGGUUGGCCUUAAAGCAGGACAAGAGAGGUCUGUACCGCUCGGUUAGCAUUUUGCCCCCCAGCUGUGAAGAGUCUCUCCUGGAGCGGGAAAUUCAGCACGGCUCCAUGUCCUACUCUGAUCCUAAUCCUGCUGCUGAGGCGGUGUUAUUCUGAGUCUUAACGGAUCCUCUGGACCAAACAUGGUGGACCUCGAAACACGAGAGACUCCAUAACGUCGAUGAGAAACCAACAAAGACGCGGGACCCGUUUUUCGCGUUCAGUGUUCGAAGUUUCCUCGCCGCUUUCGCUUUCCGUUCCGCUCUACGCGACUUUAAACGCCUGUCGGGCGAAAUUAUGCAAACGAAGACAGCCCGAUACUUUCCCGGACAAAUCCAGCUGUCAUGACAUCUCCAGUGACAUUUGAAUUCGGGAUAAUUUCCCCGUGGGAUUGAGGAGAGCGACUCCGAUUGGUUGCACUCACCGGUCUCAAAGGAUGAAGGAAAUGAAUCCCUCGUUUCAUCACUCGUCUGAGAUUACACCGAGGAGCAAAGUGACUCAAGAAACCUGCUCCAAAUAAACUGCCGCGCUCUUUCGGCACUGCGAUUCACACUUCCUGUACCUGCGAAAUGAAAGAGAACGAAAAAAAAAAAGUUCAUGCCAAGGAUGGAACAGGUCUAAAUCGAGGAAGGUUGCCAGUCCAUGUGGUCAGAUUCGGGUAUUUUCGAGUGCUUCAGAUGCAGUCCGAAGCAAACUUUCCGCAUGGCGGUUAGCCGCGGACUAGGAUAUCGAUCCGCGCUCGGAGACCGAGCAGUGGGAUUAAAAGCCUGGUCAGUUGUGAGUAAAAGUUCUAACGUGAAAGCUUUCUUUUUGCACUCCUUGCCUUUGGGAAUAACAUGAGAGGACGCAAACCGCGAUCGGUGCUCUGAGGGCGUAAGAGGUGAUCCAUUAUAUAAUGUGAAAAUGGCUUGAUGGAAGGCAGAGCUCUCUUUUUCAAAACAAAGCAGAAACUUACAUGAAGGAUUACAGCGAAAAGGACAGCCGAGAUCAGACUGUUAACUGUUUACGACACUUUUACAGUCAAUAUAUUCGAUAUAUUUUCCACAUUUACUUCCAGACACUUUAUCCUCAUUUAUGAAAACGUACACGAAUGGAUUGAUUAGUCAGUUAUUUGCAGGGGGAUUUAGACACGAAAUGUAGUUUCAUGAAAAUCCAGUCGUAUUUGUGUACAUUUAUAUCACUUAAGGAGAGUCACUAAUGGGAACCUCGAUUGAUCAGCUUCAAAACAUAUAACCGUUGAUGAGUUGCUUCGAUUUUAUAAUAUGGAUUACUCUGUCAAGUUGACCUCACUUAUUCAUUUCCAUUACACACCUCAGUUCCUGGGCGCACGGUAGCUUAGCGGUUAGCACGUUCGCCCUAACCUUAACCCUAACCCUGCCCUCUCUGGGCGGAGUUCGCAUGUUCUCCCCGUGCUGCGGGGGUUUCCUCCGGGUACGCCGGUUUCCUCCCCCAGUCCAAAGACAUUCAUGGUAGGCUGAUCGGCAUGUCCAAAGUGUCCGUAGUGUAUGAAUGUGUGUGUGAGUGUGUAUGUGAUCGUACCCUGCGAUAGAUUGGCACCCCGUCCAGGGUGUACCCCGCCUUGUCCCCUGGGAUACUCUCCAGAUUUCCCCACGACCCAGUAGGACAAGCGAUUAUAGAAGAUGGAUGGAUAGACCUCAAUUCCUUGACUUCUAGAAUAGAAAACAUCUAUUCACGAAUACUAGCCGUUUAAUUAAAAUAAAAGACAAACAAAAAAAAAAAAAAAGAGGAGGAGUUAUUGUGUGUCUGUGGUAGCUGCAGUGGCUGAGCUGCAUUACUGGAUUUAGAAGAUUUGGAGCAUACCAUGCUUAAGAGGCGCUCGUCCACCGUUUAGUCGUCAUUCUUAGUCACUCCCUAUGAGGGUUGCCUUUUAUGGAGUUUUGUAGGCGUGGCUGAAUGUAAAUCUGUCACGAAGACGCUCUGUAGUUUACAGAUGAUUGGUGGUUGUCGGCAAACGCACGAGUACGGAAAACAUCAGUGUGGUUCUCUGUAUUUUUGUAAAUCUAUUGGGAAUAUUUAUCUCUGGUAUUUAAUUCCAAUAUUUACUUGACCUAUGAAAACAAAGAUUGAUAAAUGAGGCCCGCCGUGCAAUUUAUUACUAUUAUUAUUAUUUUUUUUUAAAUAUAAAAGUCAGCCAAAGCACACGGUUUGCCAGAUAUAAUUCUUUUAUAAAAACACAGGAUGUUGAAUAGCUCGUUAAAUGUCAGCUCAGUUCCCAGGGGAUCACACACACACACACACACACACACACACACACUUUAAACUCCUUUAAACUCUGUGGACAUGGUCUCAGCGUACAGAUUCACACCGAGAGCAUCAAUAUCUCCAUUGAAACGGUCAUUAAAGUAGCCACACCGAUCGCGACAUUAUUCUGUUUUAACGUCGUGAGAAAGAAGCCCGGAAAGAGACGGGACUGUACGACUUAAAACGUACAAAAACGUCGACAAUUUCCAAUUUAGACUAAUACUGCGGAGUUAUCGCAGACUGUAACGCACCACAUCGUGCGGUGUUUUCCGAAACCCCGAGAUUCCACAUCCAAACAUUUCCGCUCAUCGGCGCUGAAAGCUGAAAAAAACCAACAAAACCGCGGAGCGAUUCGGGAAACGCUGACGCGCCUCAGAGAGUCGCUGAAACAGAGUCAUUUGGCUUUCAGGGUUUCGUGAAAGAGAGGAUUAAGUAUAAUUACACAUUGUAGGAUUUCACACACGGUAAUCUUACUUGAAAGCUUCUGUCGCUGAAAAAAAAAAAAAAAAAAAAGAGAGUCAAAGAGUAAGAAUGAAACAACCUGACAGUUUAAAUUUUUUGUCAUAAUUGCAGCUCACGCGGUUACGAAGAAAAGCCUGAAGACAAUCAGAGACGGAAUGAUGGACGUCUCUGGCCUAGUCGUUAUUUUAUCCUGUUUUUAAAAAAAAAAAAAAAAAACUCGCACGGACCUUGUUUUUUGAACUGUUAAAGACCGGAGGAGAAAAAGAAAGGAGAUACAUAGAAGAGAACAAACGGACGAAUAAAUAAAUAAUAAUUGAGAAAAUCAUUUGUAACGAUGAUAUCCAUCAAUCGUGGGAAAAAAUCUCUAUGCUACAUAGGCUACGUUAACAGUUUAGACAUCUAGGCUAAUUAGCUUUCCAUUCACAGCUGUCGGUCCUUUUUCUCCUUUCCUUCCUUCACUCAUCCGACAGCCGGAGAAAUACGACUUCCUGUCAGCUUUCACAGUGUGACCCUUUAACCCGAUUCGUUUGUUUGACGAUGCUAUAAUCAGCACGCCUAUUUCUCGGUGGCGCUAAAAGCAACUUAUCGCUAAUUGUUUGCAAAGCUCCUCACCUUCUAGCGUUACUCACAUGACCCCGGUAAUCAGCUCGAACGGAUGCUAGACAAUCUUCCGAAUCAGGACGUGGAAAAUACAGCAUUGUGUAGAGAAAAAGAAGAAGAAAAACGUCUAACGCUAGCACGACGCGGUCACUUAGCACGCUAGCUCAAACAGCUCCCUGCUGAAAUGUCAGUCAGAGACUUCCUGCCGCUUUAACGCGUUACGAUUCUGUAAAGACGAUGCUUUUCAUCUGCUUUUUAUUCGCUACUUAUUUUAGUUUCCUCUUACUCAGGCGUGACACAAACCAAAAUAAAUGAAUCCAAGAAACUUUUCUAUCGACUACGCCACGCUGAGCGCGAACGCCGCGCCUGCUUCCGAAUUCGGUAGGCCUUAAUCCUGCUGCCUGAUUAACCGGAUUAAUUAAUAAUUUAAUAAUUCACCUUCGAAUCGUGAAAUGAUGUGUAAAAGGAGUUUCAUUACCUGCUUUACCUUCAGCGCAGACAGCGUACCGGUGUUUUAUUCCGUUUCUUUUACGGACAGUUAGGCACACGAGAUGCACGCUCGCCUCAGACUAACCGCGAUCGACAUUUACGCUUAAUCAGGAGAGGUAAUGAAGUGCCACAUUUCCAUCCGGCAUUGUCUUCUAGCAGACACUCAAAAUUAGUCACGGAUAAACGAACGGAUUUAAAAUGUGUGUUUCUCGCCGUUUUAAGCCGUUUCGUAAAGACGUUGCUGUAGGCUGUAGAGCAGGGGUGUCGGAUCUUAUCCGGAAAGGGGCCGGCGUGGGUGCAGGUUUUCAUUCCUACCGAGCGGGAACCACACCCGAGUCUACUGAAAGCUCAAGAUCAGCUGAUUAAACGGGCGGAAUCGGGUGUGGCUCCUGCUCGACUGGCAUGAAAACCUGCACCCACACCGGCCCUUUCCGGAUAAGAUCCGACAGCCCUGCUAUCGGCUACGCAAAGCAUCAAAACCCAUCACGAGAAGCCAGAUCGGAAUGCGUUUUGCGCCACAGCGCUGUUGAAUUCUCCAUUCUGA